AUGACGUCCAAUGGCAACCUCCCGACCCCCACCCCCUCCUGCAGCCGGACGUGUCACACCAUUACGAAUCGUGGUUCCGGCCGACACGCCCAGGCACCGAGGAGGGCUCGUGGUGGGACCUUCAUCCGGGUACCAGCUGGAUGGACCUCCCCCCACACUCAGGGCGCGCUGACCUCACCUGGCCACCCCGGGGCGCUUCAGGCUGGCUUGGGGGGCUACGUCGGAGACCACCAGCUUUGUGCCCAGCCGCCCCACCCACACCCGCACCCGCACCACCUCCUCCCAGCCGCCGGAGGGCAGCACCUCCUCGGGCCUCCCGACGGGGCGAAGGCCUUGGAAGCAGCCGCCCCGGAAUCCCAGGGGCUGGAUACCAGUCUGGAUGGGGCGGCCCGGCCCAAAGGCUCCCGGCGGUCAGCGCCCCGCAGCUCAGGCCAGACCGUGUGCCGCUGCCCCAACUGCCUGGAGGCGGAGCGACUGGGGGCUCCGUGCGGGCCCGAUGGGGGCAAGAAGAAGCAUUUGCACAAUUGCCACAUCCCGGGCUGUGGGAAAGCCUACGCCAAGACAUCGCACCUGAAGGCACACUUGCGCUGGCACAGCGGCGACCGCCCCUUCGUGUGCAACUGGCUCUUCUGCGGCAAGCGCUUCACGCGCUCCGACGAGCUGCAGCGCCGCCUCCAGACCCACACCGGCACCAAGAAGUUCCCCUGCGCAGUCUGCAGCCGAGUCUUCAUGCGCAGCGACCACCUGGCCAAACACAUGAAAACCCACGAGGGCGCCAAAGAGGAGGCUGCCGGGGCGGCGGCGGGAGAGGGCAAGGCCGGCGGAGCGGAGCCCCCCGGGGGCAAAGGCAAGCGCGAGGCCGAGGGCAGCGCGGCUCCCUGCAGCUGA